AUGGACGAGGUCAGCCCCCUCGCCGAGCUCCUGGGGCAGGCUAUUUACCAAUUUACGCUCAUAAAACCUCUUCUUCCUACCUACGGACACCUGCUGGUCUCUGCGAUUUUCCCGAUUUACAUCGGUGCCCAUGCAUCCCUUUCGAGACCGUCGUCAGCCGCUAAACCUCCCAAGAAAGAUGGAGACGAGCCAGAUAAUGAAGAUGAGGACGAAGACGAGGAAGAACAGGGAACAACGCAGAAGAUGGAAGGACUCUCACCAUCUGAUGCUCUGAUGUUUCCUCUAACGGCUGGACUGACGUUGGGCGGUCUGUAUCUGGUGAUCAAAUGGCUCGGAGACCCAGCUAUUUUGAACAAGAUCUUGAGCUUCUACUUCUCUCAAAUGGGCCUAUUCUUUGCUGUCGCCUUUUUGAAAGAUAUGUUCUUGGUCUUUAGGUCAUUCGUUUUCCCCAACCAGUACCGACAAGGUGGCAAGAUCUGGAAGGCGAAACAAUCGGAACGCAUCUUUACAAACAACUCGUCAGACAACGUUGAGACCCGGCGCUCUCCUCUUCCAGGGAUUUUCGGUGCAAUUCCACUGCCAAACUCUGUUCUCAAAGUACUCUGGACCACUCGCAAUCUUGCAUAUCAACGAGUCAAGCUUCGCAUCCAUGUGCGUGGUCUGAUGGAUGUAAAAUGCCGUUUAGGCCUGCUUGAUGUCUUCAGUGUGAUCGUUGCAUUGUCUGUGGUUGGAUAUUUUGCAUUUGUGACGAAGCCAUGGUGGCUGACCAACUUUAUGGGUUUCUGCUUUUGCUAUGGUGCAUUGCAGUUCAUGUCUCCCUCGACCUUCUGGACAGGAACGCUUAUUCUGAGCUCGUUGUUCUUCUACGAUAUAUAUUUCGUUUUCUUCACCCCACUGAUGGUGACAGUUGCCACCAAAUUGGAUGUACCCAUAAAGCUUCUAUUUCCUCGCCCACCGGCUCCCAGUGAAUCCUCAGACGCUGUUUCUCUGGCGAUGCUGGGACUCGGCGACAUUGUUAUUCCGGGAAUGAUGGCGGGACUGGCACUUCGUUUUGACCUUUUCCUCUUCUAUAAGAAGAAGGGAGCCCGGAAAGCACAAGCCGAAGGUAAAGAACAUGGUCUAGUCAAGCCUCAAUAUCAAUCUGCGACUGGUGGUUGGGGUGAGCGCUUUUGGACCGGAUCCGUCAAGCCAAGUGGCUCUGAAUUGGAACCUCCUUAUCAUAACGCCCGCUCUUUCCCAAAGACAUACUUCAAGGCUAGCAUUGUUGGAUACCUUAUCGGAAUGAUCACGACCCUCGUGGCUAUGCAAUACUCCAACCAUGCCCAGCCAGCACUUCUCUAUCUGGUCCCGGGAGUACUCCUCUCGCUCUGGGGAACCGCUUUGAUUAAAAAAGAGAUCCCUGAGAUGUGGCAAUUCUCUGACGAAGAAGAGGAAGACGAUGAGGAUGAAGAGAAGAAGAGGAAGGAGAGGGAGGAUAAGAAGGAAGAGAAUGAAAAAGAAAAGAAGAAGCAAGAAGGCGGCAAAAAAUCCCUCUUCUCCAGACUUUGGACCGGUGAUCUUAAAGGCUUAGCCGACUCAUCUGAAGCAACCGACGAUAAAAAAGAUGACAAAGAAGACGACAAGACAAAAGACAAUGCUGAAAACGACGAGACCAAGGAACAAGAUUCCAAGGAAGACUCGCGGGCAGACAAAAGCAAAGAAGAUGAUGACAAAGAUAUCGACUUGGUUUCGAUAUCUAUCUCUCUUCCCCGAAAGACCAAGUCCCGAAAGCAGAGAAGCUCAUCGGAUAGCUCCAACAGUGUCCAGUCUAUGAAGAGCGAGGAACAGCCUAUUCCUAAUACCCUUGAGCCGGAUAAUGAGCCGCCCGCUAAAAGAAGAAGACGCAGUCCUAGGGUAGCUAAAGCUGCCGCGGAGUCAGACGCUUAA